UUUGCGUCGUUUUGCUUCUAUUGUACGUAUCUCGUCCAGUGAAAAAAAUAUUUUUAUAUAUUUUUAUUUCCUUGGAGAUGUAACGUUUGUUGUUAGUAUCCUAAAUUUGUUCGUUUUUUUUGCAUGAUCUAUUGUGUGCGUAUUGUUCAGUUUUAAAUAAUAAAUGUGUAUAUAAUUUCACGUUUUGGCAUUUUCAUUAACAUAGUGUUUGCGUAUUUGCCGCUCUAAGAACAACUACUCUCAUCAAAAUGAGUAUGCCGGAAUUGGGAAGCAAGAUCAGCCUAAUAUCAAAGGCAGAUAUUAGGUACGAGGGUAAACUGUUUACAGUCGACCCUCAAGAAUGUACCAUUGCCUUGUCUCACGUGCAAUCUUUUGGAACAGAAGACCGUCCAACAGAAUUCAAGGUUCCAGCUCAAAGUCAAAUAUAUAAUUAUAUACUCUUCCGUGGCUCUGAUAUAAAAGAUAUUAAAGUGAUAACUCCACAAAUACCUCUAAAUGAUCCUGCUAUUGUACAAUUGUCGGUCCCUCCAAAUACUAUGGGUGGUUUUAAUCCUAGUUAUCAACCAAUAGAUGAAUUAGGAUCAGUCAAUCAGGUUGGAAACUCUUAUAAUCCUAUGUCUGGUGUGAACUUAAAUGCUGGACCAUCUCAUAAGCAAGCAAGUGAGUCUCCUCUGAUUUUAGAUCCACAACCAGUAAUUCAGCAGAAACAACCGAUGACUACCCAAUCUGAUGUUUUGGAUUUAAUAUCUGGUGGUUCUCGUUCAUCUACACCUGCUCAGCCAAAUACUUUUAAUGGUCAAAGAAACAGUCCCUCAUUUGAUCAAAACAUUCAAACUGGAAAUCAACCAAGUCCUGGAAAUGGAAGAGGAGGAAGAAAUCAACGUAAUAGAUCUACAUCUUCGUCUGAUACCCGUAAACAAGUUAGGCAACAGGGACAAAACUAUCAAAGAAAUGAUCAACCGCAGCAUUAUCAAAGAAAUGACCAGCAGUAUCAAAGGAAUGAUUUUCAACAUCAAGAGAAUCAACAUUUUGUCAAUCGUCAAGGUGGAAAUCGCAAUAUGAAUGGUCGCAAUUGGAAUAAUCAACAAAAUCAACAGCAACAAUCCCAACAACAACAAGUUAGAAGACAAAAUACAGCAUCGAAUGCUACAGGUGGUCGUUCAUUUUAUAAUAACAGGUCUACUGGUCUCCCAGCUCCUAGCAAAGCACAGGGACCCAGAACAAAUUCAUUGAAAUUUGAUGAAGAUUAUGAUUUUGAUAAGGCAAAUAGUGAAUUCCAGGAGAUUAUUAAGAAACUAUCUAGAACUAAGAUAGAUGAUGGUUUUGAUGAUUCAACUAAUGAAGUAACUUUAGUUAAUGGAGGUGGUUUAGCAGUUAAUGGCGAUUCAACACUUCAUGCCAAUGAUGGAGAAUUAGUUGCCAUAAAAAAAAAUCAUCGUAUUGACAGUGGAAAUGAUACGAAUGCUGUAGAAAAUGAUAACGAAGGAGACGAUGAUCAAAAAGUAUUUUAUGAUAAAUCGAAAUCAUUCUUUGACACCAUUAGUUGCGAAGCAGUUGAGAGAAGCAAAGGACAUUCUCAAAGAACUGAUUGGCGUACAGAGCGUAAAUUAAAUUCUGAGACAUUUGGUGUAGCAAUGGCAAGACGUGGUCAAUACCAUCGUGGCCGUGGAGGCUAUUAUAACAAUAAUAACAGUAAUUACCGUUCUAACCCUAAUUCCUAUAAUAAUAGCAACUAUAAUAACAAUCGUCAAGGAGUAAAUUAUAACAACUACCGUCAACAACAACAAAAUAAUGGAUUUAUACGUAAUAACCCUGGUAAUCGUGGCUAUAACUAUCGAACAAGAUCAACCAACAAACAGGAUCAACGCCAACCAAAUGCAGUAUCUCCUCAACGAGUAGCAGCUUGAAGAUCACCACUGUCCGUAUUUCAAUGUUGCUGUAAAUUAAACCUAUAAAAAAAUAAAAUAAAAUAAAAUAAAAAAAAAACAUUUUCCCAUGGAAAAUUUACUCUGUA